CGGCGCAGGGAGGAGCUGACCCGGUCCCGGCUUACGAGCGCCUCACUUUUUCGUAAUGUGAAUGAGCUGCUAUAGCCGGCCGCUGGCAGCCGGCAGCUCUCGGCUAGGAGGGCUGGGGUGGGAGGUGACGGUGAUUUCCUCCCUACUUGGCCCACCUCGAACAUCGACUCCCUUCUCCCGCGGCCCCGGGGAUGCAGCCGUAGCAGAAAUCAGGUUGGAGUUGGAGGGUGAAAGAAAAUGAAUUCUUUUUCUGAUACACCUGCCAAGAACUUGACCAUUGCAGUCAAUAUGACCAAGACUUUGUCCUCACCAGUAACACAUGGAUUUAAUUCCACUAAUGACCCACCUUCAAUGUCAAUAACAAGGCUUUUUCCAGCCUUACUAGAAUGCUUUGGCAUAGUCCUUUGUGGCUACAUAGCAGGAAGGGCCAAUGUUAUAACAUCAACACAGGCGAAAGGACUGGGAAAUUUUGUCUCCAGGUUUGCACUUCCAGCUUUAUUAUUCAAAAACAUGGUUGUACUUAAUUUUUCCCAUGUGGAUUGGUCUUUUCUAUAUAGUAUCUUAAUCGCCAAAGCUUCUGUAUUUUUCAUUGUAUGUGUAUUAACCUUAUUGGUUGCCAGUCCCGAUAGUCGAUUUAGCAAAGCUGGACUAUUCCCUAUUUUUGCUACACAAAGUAACGACUUUGCAUUGGGAUAUCCUAUAGUUGAAGCUUUAUAUCAAACGACAUACCCAGAGUAUCUCCAGUACAUUUACUUAGUGGCGCCAAUAUCUCUUAUGAUGUUAAACCCUAUAGGGUUUAUCUUCUGUGAAUUGCAGAGAUGGAGAGACACUCAAAAUGCUUCUCAAAGCAAAGUGAAAAUUGUGGGACUUGGACUUCUGCGUGUGUUACAGAACCCAAUAGUAUUUAUGGUUUUCAUUGGCAUUGCUUUCAAUUUUAUUCUUGAUCAAAAGGUGCCCGUAUAUAUGGAAAAUUUUCUUGAUGGACUUGCGAAUUCUUUUUCUGGAUCAGCUCUAUUUUAUCUUGGUCUUACAAUGGUAGGAAAAAUAAAGAAACUGAAGAAGUCAGCAUUUGUUGUACUAAUUCUUCUCAUCACAGCUAAACUCCUGGUGCUGCCACUUCUGUGCCGAGAAAUGGUGGAACUCUUGGACAAGGGCAACAGUGUAGUGAACCAUGCAAGUGUAUCGAAUUAUGCAUUUUUGUAUGGUGUCUUUCCUGUAGCACCAGGAGUGGCUAUCUUUGCAACACAGUUCAACAUGGAAGUAGAGAUUAUAACCUCAGGGAUGGUAAUAAGCACAUUUGUGUCUGCGCCAAUCAUGUACGUCUCUGCCUGGUUACUGACUUUUCCCAGCAUGGACCCGAAGCCAUUGGCAUAUGCCAUCCAGAAUGUUAGUUUUGAUAUAAGUAUUAUCAGUCUGGUCUCCUUGAUCUGGUCUUUGGCUAUCCUUCUUUUGAGCAAGAAGUAUAAACAGCUUCCUCAUAUGCUUACAACUAAUUUACUCAUCGCUCAGUCUAUUGUCUGCGCUGGAAUGAUGAUAUGGCAUUUUGUUAAAGAAAAAAAUUUUGUUGGACAAAUUCUGGUGUUUGUUUUAUUGUACAGCUCCCUCUACAGCACCUACCUGUGGACAGGCCUUCUAGCGAUUUCUUUGCUUCUUUUGAAAAAGAGAGAAAGUGUACAAAUUCCUGUUGGCAUCAUCAUAAUAUCUGGCUGGGGGAUUCCUGCUCUCCUUGUUGGUAUUCUUUUGAUAACUGGAAAACAUAAUGGAGACACCAUUGACUCAGCCUUCUUUUAUGGAAAAGAGCAGAUGAUCAUCACGGCAGUCACCCUGUUCUGCAGCAUUGUGAUAGCCAGCGUAUCACUCAUGUGUAUGUACCGCACCUCCCAAGCAGGACGCUAUGAAGGUUUCGACCAGUCUCAAGGCCACAAAGCAGCAGAGCCUGGAAGCACUGCUUUCGAGGACAGUCCAGUGCCGAUAAAUGAACCUGAACCUUUUACAAGUUCUAUCCCAGAAACAAGUUGCUGCUCCUGCUCCAUGGGAAAUGGUGAAUUAUGCUGCCCAUCCACAGAACCAGUAGCAAACAUAAGCACCAGUGGGUAUGUGACUCCCUCGUUUGAGGAAAAUGAACAUUGUGUGAGUCGCUGUAACUCCCAGAGCUGCAUAUUAGUCCAGGAAGAGGAGCAGUAUCUACAGAGUGGAGACCAGCAACUGACUCGACAUGUGUUUCUGUGUUUACUUCUCAUUAUUGGCCUGUUUGCUAAUCUUUCCAGUUGUUUAUGGUGGCUAUUCAACCAAGAGCCUGGGAGACUAUAUGUUGAGUUACAGUUUUUCUGUGCUGUGUUUAACUUUGGCCAGGGAUUUAUUUCCUUUGGCAUCUUUGGAUUGGACAAACAUUUAAUCAUCCUACCUUUCAAAAGAAGACUUGAAUUCCUAUGGAACAAUAAAGAAACAGCAGAAAAUAGGGAUUCUUCUGUUCCUGAGGAAAUAAAAAUGACCUGUCAACAGUUUAUCCAUUAUCACCGUGACCUCUGUAUCCAAAAAAUUGUGAAGGAAAGAAGGUGUGGUGCAAAGACUUCUGCUGGGACCUUCUGUGGCUGUGACCUGGUGAACUGGCUUAUUGAAGUUGGCCUUGCCUCCGACCGUGGUGAAGCUGUCAUAUACGGAGACAAACUGGUGCAAGGGGGAGUCAUCCAACAUAUCACCAACAAUUAUGAAUUUCGGGAUGAGUACUUGUUUUACAGAUUUCUUCAAAAGAGUCCUGAACAGAGUCCUCCUGCUAUUAAUGCAAACAUUCCCCAACAGGAAACAUACAAAGAAAUUGAGCAUUCAUCCCCAUCCCUUAAGACCUAAGUUAUAAAGGAGACAAGCCCACAUGGAGUCAUAUUCUAGCCCCAGAUCUGUUACUUAUUAGUUAGGGGACCUUGGGCAAAUCACAACCUCUCUGAGCCUCAGUUGCCUCUUCUGUAAAAUUUGACAAGACAUGUUCCCACCCCAUGCUUAAUAUUCUGUGAUUUCAUGUGUAUGUAAAACACACAGGAAAUUGACUUAGAAAAAAGAGAAACAAAUCAAAAUUUAAAGUUCUGAUAAUGAAUAUAAUAAUUACUAUAAACUAUGCCAAUAUUUUAAAACAUUGCUUCCUGCAGUUGUGUGCUGUAAUUUCAAAAUCAAUAUCCAAUUUACUAUUCUUUCAAAUUGCUGAAUUUGGCAGCUGUUGGGAGGAUAUGGACCUUAAAUUAUGACCAGUUUGCACUUAUUGAUAGCACUUCCUAAAAAAAAUUUCAUUGAUUCUUAUGAGAGGCCUUCUUAUUCUAUUUUUCCAUUCCCUUGAAAAAUAGUACUCAUUAAAAACUAGAAGCACUUUUUAAAAAAAUAAGUGCUUCAUCUCCUCUUGCUUUUCUAUCCAACGUACUAAUCUGUGCCAUUAGGAGGGAAAUAAGAACCUCCAUAAAUAUUAUUAUCUCUAAAAUUCAUCAACAGAAGUAUAGUCUAACCUUUAGCUUUUGUACUAAAAGUAAUAAUUUGAGCAGAUCCAUUUAAAUUUAUCAGCAAAAUUAUUGCUGUGUGAUAUAUCAUUUCUGGUGUUUGCACAAAGCAUCUCUGUGCAGGACAGCGAUUACCUUAUUACCUAUUACCUUAUUCCCUGCAGUUAAAGAGAAGAAAAAACUGUGUAAUUCAAGCCAAAAUUUUAAAAUUCUAUGCCUAACAUCCUAUUUUUACAUUUAUAAUUUAGUUUUUUUAAGUGUCCAUGUAUAAAAAUUUAUAAAUUUGAAAAUUACUAAAUGUUGCCCUCUACUUAAUUAUUAGCUGUUAGUACUGGUUUAACUUAUUUAAAACUGUUUCAAAUAUUUAUUUGUCUCAUAGUUUUAGUGUCUUAUACGUAAAAGCCAUUUAGAAAAUAAUUUAUAGGGUUAAAUCAUUGCUCUUUUAAUGCAACAAAAAUGUAAUUAAAAAAAAAAAACCUGCAUGGAAGCCUAGUGUACUUAACAAGUAAAUUGCACAUUAGUGUGUAGUAUUAACCUAUACCAAUUUUAAGUUAUAACUAGGGAAUGGGGUUUUUCAGCAGAACUGUCUGCUACAUAACUUAAAAAUAUAUAUAUGACCACAUUAUUAUAACUCUUAGAAUCCUCAGGAGUAAGCAUAAAGCCUCAUUGCUGUACCAGGAGAAUUUUAUAGUUACAGCAAUAAAGAUAUUAAUUCAUAUGCAUGCAAGAAACUGAAACUCAAGUGGGGAAUUUGUUUUGCUUGUGAACAAGUCAUACUACACAUGUUCUGUUAUUUGCAUGACAGGAAUUGGCAGCAUCUUUUUCCAUGGAAGACACUAAAAGAAAACCCUGACUCAGAAUGGUCUGCAGUUACAGAUAAUGAAAGCUUCUAAGAGAUGUUUUUAGAAUUAAGGAUAUGCUAAUUUUAUUAAAUAAAAGUAUUUGUAACUUUUACUCACUCACUGACAAAGCAGGUUUCUCAAUAAAAUAUCUAUUUUAACUUGCA